UGGCACAAACCGACACUUCCGGGAGUGUUGAGGCUUUCCUUCAUUUAACUUCUGACAAAGUUCAGUUUUUUUUCCUUUCAUUGCGUUUUGAGAUUGAUGUUUGACUGAUAAAUUGUCGGGAACGGAGAAGAGAGCUUGCUUGAGGACGAAAGGACGUUUGAUUUUGCUACACCCGUGAAGAAGAAGGAGAAAAGCAAGAUGAUGGAAGAGACCACUGAAGUUACUUAUGAUCUAGAUGAAAAUUCUCCACACAAGGAAGUAAACAGUGAUAACAAUCACACGAUGAGUGAUGUCACCCCCUCCCCAGCUUCCACCUCUGAAACAGCUCAACAGACAACAGACGCUGAAGAGACACCACAGAAACAAGACAGUGGACUCGUAGUUGUCCAUGGCAAGAACAACAACAUCGCCAGUGAGACACUGCAGAGAGUGCGAAAGUGGAGCAUUCACACCUACAAGCGCUCCAGACAGGCUCUUUCAGAGAAACUCGGCCGGGGCUCUCGGACUGUUGAUCUGGACCUGGAACCUCGCGUGGAUCUGCUGAAAGAUAGCAGGCUGCGCUACAACCAAGUGACCAAGCUUGCUCAGACACUUGCUGCCCAGCUCGCUCAGUUCUCAGUCACGCAGAAGACACUUGGGGAGGCCUUUGCUGACCUCAGCCUCAAAAGUCCAGCACUACAUGUUGAAUUUGGGAUGAAUGCUGAAGCUCAGAUGUUUCUCUCAAAAAGUGGGGAGACACUGACAGCUGCCAUUAAUGCAUUCACCUCAGACACGGACACGCUGGUCAACAAAACCAUCGAGGACACGUUGAUCAAUGUUAAGCAGUACGAGGAAAUCAGGGUGGAAUAUGAUGCGUACAGAGUGGACAUGGAGGAGCUAAACCUCGGACCUCGUGAUGCGGUCACACUGCCCAAGCUUGAGCAGGCCCAGAAGGAGUUCCAGUGCCAAAAAGAACGGUACAAGAGCGUCCGAGAUGAUCUGUCUGUCAAACUAAACCUGCUGGAGGAGAACAAGGUCAAAGUGCUUCACAACCAUCUGUGGCUGCUGCACAGUGCUGUGGCAACACACUGUAUAUCAUGCCAUGAAUUCUUGGUGGAAAACAUCCAAAAGUCAAGUCAGCAACUCAUCCACAGCAGUGUGAACGCCCCCUCCUGGCUGGAGGACUCCUGACGUUCACAGUUGAUGGUGGGUUGAGCUUCAGUGAGAGACUAAGGGACACAAAGCUGCAAUUUGGGAUCGGAAGUUAAUCUAACCCUAGUAAUGUUCUCUCUUUUUUCCAAUAUUGCACAAUAAACACAAAUAGUUAUUUUUGUCAUUUUGUAACGAAAUGCGGACCAAACUGGCUUUAAUUUAGGAUUUAGUUUUUGUGUUCUUUGUUGACUUGGUUCGUGUUGGAAUUUGAAUGUAUAAUCCAAAGUGGUGUUAUGGAUGGAACGGAGAAAGACGCUGUUGAAGUAUAUAUUUUUGACAGUAGUCAAAAGUAUGAAGUUGAAGUACCCAGUUUCAAGACUGUAAUGCCAUGACUUUCUGUAGGGUCACUUGAUGGAAAUGAAAGCUUAAAACUUAAGGAAAGCUCAGGAAAUCCAGACAUGUGUCAAAUGUGUUCAAUGAUCCCUUUUCUUUUUAUAUUGCUGCUUCGAUAACAUCACUAAAAGGCCCUUUCACCAUUGUCAAACUUGUCUAUUCACCUAUCCCUGCCCUUAUACAUGUAGUAGGACAACCUCUUUUACAGUAAAAGAAAAAAAAUGUGUCUGUUUUUACUCUUCCUUGCUGUGUUGAGGAGAAAAUCCAUCUAAUCCCUCGGUGGCACUAAGCCUGUCUUUGAACUCGAAAAAAUCCACCGCCACUGCAGUCGGGAACCACGAGAAGUGCUUCUCCUGCAUGACUGGUGAACAUGCUACAUGUUGACAGCUUCUGGGAAGUCACUUUUAAAUAUUUGUCUGAAUGCUUAAGAUUAUGAAGUGGUUGUAGCACAGGGUGUGCCACAGCGUCAGCUAGUGGUGGGCUGAUGAGGCUUCAUGAAACAGUGUCCACAUUUUCAGAGCCCACUAGAUGAACAACGAUUUAAAUAAAAUCUCACUUAAUUUUUAAAUCAAGAGCGCUGCUUAUUAAGCUCUGAAAAUGAUGACACUGGUCCACUAAGCUUCAUCAGUCCAUCACUAACAUCAGACUUUCAGUGCAUUCUGUUCAGUGCAGCACAUUGUGAUGGCAGUGAGGUGUUCCUUUCAGUCAGAAAAUGUCUCAAAACUUUGUGGCUGAUUUCUCAUCUGCACUGUAAAAGAUCUAAAAUGAAUUCUUCAUGCACCUGCUUCUUUGUGCAGUAAUGUGGACACUAACAAAUUAAAGGAAAGAAAAACAUUUAGGACUUGAUUGCAGCUCAUUUUUAUUAUCAAACUGCAUUUAGUAACAUUAAAACUGUGCAAUAACGUUGGAGCAGAUGACUGUCAAAUGCUUAAAAUAAAAAAAAACAAACAUGUUCAGCAACAUGUUUUUUCAGCGAAGACAUUUUUGAUAAGGCAGAUAUUCUGAAUUUUAUACCUCAGUUUUGUAAUUUAUAACAUGUCUGUGACAUUUGUUUCUUAACAUCACUGUGAUUUUCCACCAAGUUCUUCUGGGCUUUUCCAGCAGCAGCACUGCUUAUCAACAGUUGGUUUUCUUCCAAUAGACAGGAUUUCUUUCAUGGAAGAAUGUUUGUCUUUAUCCUUCAACUGUGGACAUUGAACCUUCAAUUUCAACUUGGCCUUUCUGUUCACUUUGUACAAGACCAAAAACAUUUUGACUUUGUGGAAUUGAAAGUGACGACUGCCAUUUUAUAAU